CGGGCGAGGGGCGGAGCAGCCAGGGAGACUCAAACUUCCCUCCCCGCAGCUCCCGCAGCAGGUAGCUAGGCUGGGCGGGGGCCGGCGCGGCUGUGGAGGCGGCAGCUGCGGGCGAAGAGCAGGCAGCCUCCCGGGUCAGGAGGGAGCAGCGGGCGCUGUGGGGCGCGGCCUCCCCGACGGCAGCGCUCAGGGCAGGCUGACCCCAUGGCGAGAUGCCCGCCCCCGCGGAGCGCGGCCAGCGGCGCGGAGCCGGCGAGCGCAGCGGGGCAUGGGGAAGUUGAGGCACCCGCCCCACCUCUGGUGGCAAUGAUCAGCUAACCGGGCUGAGGCGCUUCUCCCGCGGACUGUCGAGCGAGCCCCUGCCCGGGUCGCGGGGCGAGCCCCGGAGAGCUGGGGGCUGAGCGGGCUCGGGGACCCUCCCCAGGACCCAGCGUGUUGGGAGCCGGCGGCUUCAUGGGCAGCACCCGUCAAGAUGGUUAUGGACAUCAACAGCAGUCACGUGUCCGGCCCCCUCCGAGCCUUCGCCCUGGAGGCUCCCCGCGAGCUGAGCAGCAGUGGGAUGGUGGCUGGCUCCCUGCACCCCCGCUGGCUGAGGAUCAUCCAGGAUGUCACCGCCAGCCCCAGCCCCGCUUCCAGCCUGGCGGCCGACAAUGACACUCGCUGCGGGGAGCAGAUCCUCAGCUACGGCAACAUGGAGAAAGUUGUUAUCGGGGCCAUUCUCUCCCUCAUCACGCUGCUGACCAUCGCGGGCAAUUGCCUGGUGGUGAUCUCCGUGUGCUUUGUAAAGAAACUCCGGCAGCCCUCCAACUAUCUCAUUGUCUCCCUGGCUUUGGCCGAUCUCUCGGUAGCGCUGGCCGUCAUGCCCUUUGUCAGCGUAACGGACCUCAUUGGCGGAGAGUGGAUCUUUGGCCACGUUUUCUGUAAUGUCUUCAUUGCUAUGGAUGUGAUGUGUUGCACUGCUUCCAUUAUGACUUUGUGUGUGAUAAGUAUUGACAGGUACCUUGGAAUAACAAGACCACUUACAUAUCCUGUGAGGCAGAAUGGAAAAUGUAUGGCUAAAAUGAUCUUGUGUGUAUGGCUCCUCUCUGCCUCUAUCACCAUACCACCACUUUUUGGUUGGGCCCAAAAUGUGAACGAUGAAAAAGUUUGUUUAAUCAGUCAAGACUUUGGUUACACAAUUUACUCCACUGCAGUUGCAUUUUAUAUCCCGAUGUCAGUGAUGCUUUUCAUGUACUAUCAGAUUUACAAGGCUGCUAAGAGGAGUGCUGCUAAACACAAGUUUGCUGGUUUCCCACGGCCAGAAGAAAAUGAAGGCAUGGUUUCUGUGAAUGGAGUUAUAAAGCUACACAAGGAAUCAGAAGAAUGUACAAAUUUUUCACGACUCCUUAAACAUGAUAGAAAAAACAUUUCCAUCUUCAAGAGAGAACAAAAAGCUGCCACUACCCUGGGAAUUAUUGUUGGGGCCUUUACUGUGUGCUGGUUGCCAUUUUUCAUCCUUUCAACUGCCAGACCCUUUAUCUGUGGUACAGCAUGCAGCUGCAUCCCAUUUUGGGUUGAAAGAACAUUUCUAUGGUUGGGUUAUGCAAACUCUCUCAUUAACCCCUUUAUAUAUGCCUUCUUCAAUCGGGACCUGAGGACAACCUAUCGCAAUCUACUACAAUGCAGAUAUAGGAAUAUCAACCGGAAACUAUCGGCUGCAGGGAUGCACGAGGCUCUGAAGCUUGCAGAAAAGCCAGAAUUUGUGCUUUUUGACCUUGGAUAUGAUUAUCUGGAAAAACUCUGAUUACUCAAGAAAAAAGAGUCAUGACUUAUGACCAAAUGCACAGCGAAGUAAUCAGAUAUGGCCAAGGCACGACUGGGGAAGGAAAAGUAAUGAAGAUUUAGCCUGAGAAGAAAUGGAGGGGUUAUGAAAUGCACUUAAACUUCUUUGAAUGGGAAUGCUUAAAAAAUAAAAUAAAAAUCAAUGAGCUUGAUGCAUUGUAUUUAAUGUAUUUCUCAUGGAAAUGGUGACAUCUCUCAUUUAUUAGUGGGACAAUUGCUAUUGUGUACAAAUGAAAAUAGUUUUCUGUUUGAGAAAGCCAAAUCAUUUUAGCAAUAAGCAGUUUGACGCUUGAGGGGAGAGAAAUCAACUGAAAUCCAGAAAGACAAGACAUUGUACAGAUCUGCACCUUUAUCAAUCAAUGUAAACAGAAGAGAGCAUUCAUUUAUGUUUCUCAUGCUUGUGGGUUACAACAUUGCUAUUAAUAAUCAGGGAUCACCGGUGAUACAGAAUGUAUUUUGUUUUACUACAAAAAGAUAUUUUUCAAGCAAAUGGUAGCAAUGUAGAUGCUUUCAAGCCUUGUGUUGAAAAUGUUCUGUGUGUCUGAGCUAAAAUCCAGAAAGGCAACAAUAAAAGGCUGAUUUUUUUAAAAAGUGGCCCUUUGGUACUAAAUGGCGAAAGCCUUGUCUAGUUCUAUAUCUUUGACACAGGUGGUGGUUGGUCUUUAAGAUAAAAAUGGAGCAUAAUUUGUUGGUUGUCUCAGACCUUUCAGUAAAAAUGCAUCUCAUGGAUUUUAUUAUGACUAAAUCCAAGAGACAAGAGCAGGAUGUAUAUAUUUUACACAACAAAAGGUUAAUUUAUGUCCUUUCUAAGUGGUGAUUUUUGAUGUAUCAGAAUAUAUAUCGAAACUAGGAUCUCUCUUCAUUCAAUUAACUGCAUAAAAGGUGGGAGGAUUUCAACAGUCUCUUGUGUGCUAUCUGUUUCCGAAGAAUAUAUAUAAAAGCACCCUUGUUACUUUGAAUCGCAUCUGUUCAGUUGAAUUUCAUGGGGGCGUAUGCUGUUGUACUGAUGAUAAUCAAUUACCAGAGUAGCCAUUGUCACUGUAUUAAAAGUCACCAGGACUCCAUUCAGUACCUCAUCAAUAGGAUUAUUAGUCACUGUGAACCCCACAUUUUAAAUAAAAUAAGUGCCUUUGGUAAUUCACUUGGAUUUCCCAAGAGGUACAUAGUGAGAACAAAUAGAUCUGUACAAAAUUCAAACAUGUCAGUGAUAAAAGUUUUGUUAAUCCUUAAAUAUUUAAUGUGAGAAAGUUUAUUGUAAGUACUCAAUGGACCAAAUUCUGAUCAGUUACAAUGGUAUCGAUUUCAGUGGAAUUACUCUGAUUAAAGUCAGAUCAGAACAGGGUGCAACAGAUAGAACUAAGGAUAGAAGAUUUAAGGGAGAAGAGGGACUCACAUAAGUGACAGUAAAAGCAAAAGCCUGAAGAUUAUUUUUUCUUCAGUAAAUGCAAAACAGAAUGCAAAAGGACAUCUGUAAUAUUCUAAAGCUAGUUUUUAACUCUGAUGUGUUUAGCUACUUCACAGACACUGAAGCACCUGUAUUCAGAACAAAGUGGAAUGUCACGCUUUCCUUUUAGAUAAAGUCGUACCAAAACCUUAACUUCAGAUUUAAUAGAAUAAUUGUACAUUAUUAGAUCUAUUAUUUAAAUGAAUUUUUGUAAUAUGUACUAGUAUUACAAUUUUCUGUGAAAUUCAUUGUAAAUAUUGUGACAUUAAAUUUAAUCAAAAAUAUA